AUGGGUUUUCAUGAUUCUCGAUUUUAUAUUCUUGAUUGGCUUCAAAAUCUUGGGUAUACUAAUUUGAAAGAAAAUGUGAUUUUGGGUUGUUUUUGUAGAGGAAAGAUGACGAACCAAAAUGUCGUAGUGGCUGAUAGAAAUUCUGGAAUCAACUUGGAAAUCACAGUGCAUGUAACAAACUCCUCUAUCUUCACUACGUCGGCGCAGAAACCUCCGGCGGCUCCUGGUGGUUACAUCUCCAUUUCUAGAAAGAAACUUUUAAAGAAUCUCGAAAUUCAUGGAGGAGCAAGGGUUAAUGCUUGGGUUGAUUCCAUGAGAGCCUCUUCACCUACUCAUAUCAAGUCCACACCUUCAGUUAAUGAAGACCAAAGCUCAUGGAUUCUUCACCACCCAUCAGCUUUGGAGAUGUUUGAGCAGAUAAUUGAUGCCUCUAAAGGAAAGCAAAUUGUCAUGUUUUUGGACUAUGACGGCACACUUUCUCCUAUUGUCGAUGAUCCAGAUAGAGCUUUCAUGUCCAAGCAGAUGAGAGCAACAGUGAGAAAGCUUGCAAGAUUUUUCCCUACUGCAAUAGUGAGUGGCAGGUGCAGGGACAAGGUGUAUAACUUCGUACGGUUGGCAGAACUGUAUUAUGCUGGAAGCCAUGGCAUGGAUAUUAAAGGACCAGCAAAAGGCUCCAAAUAUAAGAAAGGCAGUGAAGGUGUUGUCUUUCAAGCUGCCGGUGAAUUUCUUCCCAUAAUAGAUGAGGUUUACAAGGAAUUGGUAGAGAAAACUAAAACAACUCCAGGGGCUAAGGUGGAGAACAACAAAUUUUGUGUAUCUGUGCACUAUCGCUGUGUUGACGAGAAGAAAUGGAGUGAAGUGGCUCAAGUAGUGAAGUCAGUGUUGAAGGAGUACCCAAAGCUUCGACUUACACAAGGAAGAAAGGUUUUAGAAAUCCGCCCAACCAUUAAAUGGGACAAAGGAAAGGCUCUUGAAUUUUUGUUAGAGUCACUUGGAUUCGCCAAUUGCGCUGAUGUUUUUCCUGUUUACAUCGGAGAUGAUAAAACAGAUGAAGAUGCAUUUAAGGUACUGAGAGAAAGAGGACAAGUUUCGAAUAUUCUUACAGGUUAUGGAUUUUUUGCAACGUCUAGUGGAGUGGAAACGGCCAGUUUUUCAAGGGCAGUCAGGGGUGUAAAGAGUAGUAGAAAAAUUGAAACAGUACAGAUAUACCCACCCCUUCAAGAAAUGUAA